AUGACUUCGAGCGUAUAUGUAUAUCCGCUUCCGUUCUGCCAUUAUUGUUUCUUUUUCUUGUCAGUCUGCGCAAGCGGGUAUUUCAAGAUGCAGUUGCAUAUUAGAGGCCAAUCGACGCACGUCCUAGACGUUAAUGGACAGGAGUCAAUCGGACAGAUCAAGGAGCGUAUUCGCUCACUUGCCGAAGUUGGAGAUGACGAUAUGACACUGUCCCUAUGUGGUGCACCAUUAGAUGACACCACCCUUGUGUCAGACCUUUCCUCAACAGAAUUAGACCUUACAAUUCCACUACUUGGUGGUAAAGUGCAUGGAUCCUUGGCUCGUGCUGGUAAGGUUAAAGGCCAAACCCCUAAAGUAGAGAAGCAGCAGAAAAAGAAGAAGAAGACUGGCCGUGCCAAGCGUAGGAUCCAAUACAACAGAAGAUUUGUCAACGUUGUUCAGACAUUCGGUCGCCGUCGUGGACCUAACUCCAAUUCG